AUGGCUGGCAAAUUCGAGCCCAAGACGCCCGUGAUCCUCGACCCUCCCAACUACGAUCCCAUUUCCCUUGAGGAUCUGGCCCUGGCAAACGGGGCUGAGGGCGGUAAAUGCUAUGUUGCUAUCAAGGGGGUCGUCUACGACGUGACGGGAAACAAGGCUUACCAGCCAGGCGGCUCUUAUAAUGCAUUCGCCGGAAAAGACGCCUCGCACGCCCUCGCCAAGACAUCAACCAAGCCAGAGGACGUCAAGCCCGAGUGGCAGCACCUCGACGACAAGGAGAAGUCGACCCUCAACGACUGGGCCACCUUCUUCUCCAAGCGGUACAAUAUCAUUGGCACAGUAGAGGGCGCCACCAAUCGGGAGGAGGAAUAG